CUGAGUUGCUCUGUGUCCUAAGUUCUCGACAGUGUCUUAACCUAUAAUUUUGUUUGUGUACAAAUUGUUGACGUUAAUAAAAUAAUUCAUUGUAUAUCUACAAAAUAAAAAAUGACUAGUACAGAAGAAAGUACAAGCAAAAUUGAAUUUAAGAAGAAAUCAAAAAGAGCAUUAAGAAAGAGACAAGUUUCUUCAGAUGAAGAUGAUAAUGAAAAUGAAGAAAUUUCUGUUAGAGAAAAAGUUGAAGACUUGAAGAUUAUACAGAAGCUUCGGGAACGUCCGAAAGGCGUAAACGUUGUUGGUCUAGCUCUCGGAGAAAAUGUAACACCUGAUGUAAUUACUUCAGAUCCCUUUAACAUCAAAUCUGGAGGUAUGAUAAACAUGGCUGUAUUGAAGAAUACAAAAUUAAAACAGAACGAUGCGUAUGAAACAGGAAUUGGCACACAGUUUAAUGCGGAGACCAAUAAACGGGAUGAAGAUGAAGAGAUGGUUAAAUAUAUAGAGGAAGAAUUGACAAAGAGGAAGAGCAAAAAUGAGGGCAAGGCAGAAAAUGGAACGAAUAAUGAAAAAGGAUCUUAUUGUUCUCCAGAAGAAGCAGCACUGCAAGCUGUACCUGGACAUUUAAGACAAAGUUCAGCACAUAGGAGUGAAGAAAUGCUUUCAAAUCAAAUGUUGUCUGGUAUUCCAGAAGUAGAUCUUGGAAUCGAAGCAAAAAUACGCAAUAUUGAAGCUACAGAAGAAGCUAAAUUGAAGUUACUUUGGGAUAGGCAUAGAAAAAAAGAUGGUCCUUCACAAUUUGUGCCAACAAAUAUGGCUGUAAAUUUUGUACAACAUAAUAGAUUUAAUAUAGAAGAUCCAGAUUUUCAAAAAUCAAAACAAGAUCCUGACGAUAAAAAGAAAGUGACAGCACCUAGAGACGAUACCAAGGGAAAACGAAAAGAUAACGGAGAGAAGGCGACUGAUGAUUAUCAUUAUGAAAGGUUUAAGAAACAAUUUAGAAGAUUUUAAAGUGAUUUGUAAAAUAAAAUUGUAAAAUAUCUAAUAAGUAUAUUGUAUUUUUAAAAUUACUAUAGAUAAUUAAUAUAGUCAUUAAAUAAUUUAAUAAGAUUAUAUGUGUAAACAUUAACUGUAGUACAAUCUUUAUUGGUUUUAGAAAAUGAUUUAAAUUUCA